AUGUCUUCCAUUCCCUCCAAAAUGAAAGCCAUCCUCGUCAACAAGAAUGGCGGCGCCGACGUCCUCGAAUACACAGACUCGCACCCCGUCCCCAGCCUAUCUGACGGCCAAGUACUCGUCAAGAACCACUUCGCUGGCGUAAACUACAUCGACACAUACUUCCGAACAGGCCUGUACCCGGCCCCUGCCGGAUUCCCCAUGAUCAUCGGACAAGAAGCAUCCGGCACAGUCGCAAAGAUUGAGGGCUCCAGCGAAUAUGGGUUCAAAGAAGGCGACCGGGUAGUCUGGAUCGCUCGCGGCGGAUACGCAGAGUACACUGCCGUACCUGAGAAAUCAGUGGUCAAGAUCCCCGACGGCGUCUCUGAUGAAGAUGCCGUAGGCGGCUUCCUAAUGGGCAUGACGGCUCUGAGUCUGGUCAAGGAAGCCUACCCGGUAAAGAAGGGCGAAACUGUGCUGGUACACGCCGCCGCUGGCGGAAUGGGUCUGUUGUUAUGCCAGAUCCUGCGGGACAUGGGAGUCACGGUCAUUGGUACCGCAGGCGGACCCGAGAAGUGCGCUCUUGCAAAGGAAAAUGGUGCGACACAUGUCAUCGACUAUAAAUCGACAGACGGGCCGAGCUGGGUUGAGCAAGUCCUGAAAAUCACUGACGGAAAGGGCGUCGACUGCACAUAUGACGGCGUAGGGAAGGACACGUACGAAGGCGAUCUCGAGGUUGCAGCGAGGAAGAGUAAAGUCGUGUACUUUGGAAAUGCAAGUGGUGCAAUCCCACCAUUCAAUAUUGCAAGGUUAUCGGCCAAGAACAUCUCCAUUAUGCGAUCGACGCUGAUGCAGUACAUUGUAACGCGCGAGGAGCUGGAAUUCUACGCCAACGGUGUGCUUGACCUGCUUAAAUCUAAGAAGCUCAACAUCAAGAUCCACAAGGUCUAUCCUCUCAAGGACGCCGUGCAAGCACAUAAGGAUCUGGAAGGUCGGAAGACGACAGGAAAGUUGUUGUUGGAGCUAUAA